AUGCUACUUUUGGCUUAUUAUUUCGGAUUUUUUGCAACAGCAGCAUCUGAACCCACAGAUAACAGUUUGGAACUUAAAGGGAAUUCAUCUGAUUAUGCUGAAUAUGGUUAUUAUUUGUUUGAUGAUGAACAUUAUUAUGAUUAUUACUUUGAUUAUUAUGAAUAUAGUCAAGUCAAGUCAGACUGUAAAUCUACACAGUGUGUACACUCGGACAAAUCUCUAUAUUGUACGUGCUUACCAGAGGAAUUACCGCUACAAGCAACACAUCUUUACAUAACAUACAAUCGCAUAAACAGAAUCUUUAUACUUGAGCCUGGAUUAUUUAAUGUAACAAAAAACUGGAAUCAUUUAAAAUUCUUGCAACUUGAAAAUUUACCGGGAAUAAACAACUAUGCAAUGACAGGUCUUAAAACCUUAGAGGAACUUCAUUUUUCUGGUGACAGCUUAUUUCUUUUAUACAGGGAUUCUUUUGCUGGACUUGAUAAUCUGAAAGUUCUCAGUUUUUCUGGAUGUAAAUUUCUACAGAUAGAAAGUCUGAUCAAUGCAAUAGCGAGUCCAAACGUCUUGACAAACCUUCAAACAUUUUCUGUUAAAGAUAUGGUUUUAACAAAAACGUGUUCUGAAGUCUUACAAUCUGCAUGUGUUAAGAUCUUUACAGCGUUAAUGGAUAAACCUCUAGAAUUAAUCAAUAUGAAUUUGAUAAUUACAGAAGAGUUAGACUUUAUUCCAUGCCUUUUGUUCUCAAAUAUAUCAGCAAAACUGAACAUAUCUUUUUCAACCUUCUACAAUAUGCGCUUGGGUCAAGAAAGAAAACGAGACCAACAUAAUCAGACAUUAAUUACAUCGGCUGAAGCGUAUUCAUUAAUGUUUCGUGAGUUCAUGAAACAACAGAACAUUCAAAUGAUCAAAGACUUAAUUCUAUUUGAUGCAAGUAACGUAUUUUUACCGAUGAUUACACAAUUUGUCAAACAUGCGCUUAAAUUACAGAACGAAAUUGUCAUAGUUCCCAGGGAGAUAGCUGCGUUUGUGUCAAAAGCAGAAAUAGUUAAUAUUUCUGGCAUUUACCGGCAUUCAAAUGCAGUUAAACUAAAAAAUCUUUAUGUGAACAUAUUACAGUACUUUUCAAGACAAAGCCCAACGAGAGAGCUCAUUGUCAGAAACAAUCGCUUACAGUACCUUGAUGUUACAUUCCAAUGCACUGACUCAAAGCUGGAAAAAUUGGAUUUAUCUUCAAACGUCAUUGAGUUUAUUCGACCAAAUAUUUGUCCUUGUUGUACCACACUUUUGCAGAUCAACCUCUCGGACAAUAAUUUAUUCGAAAUGGUCGACAGGAACUAUUCUUUAUUUGGACAGCUUUUGUCUUCAUACCCAAGCCUCCAGAUCAUACAACUGUCUUUUAAUAAACUGACUGAGAUUCCAACAGAGAUGUUUAAUGAAAAUAUUAACUUAGAAACUAUUGACCUAUCCGAUAACUCCUUACCAAAAAUCACAUUUAGUCUCAGACAUUUACUGAAUCUCAAAUUCCUCAUCUUAGAAAACAACAAAAUUUCAACUCUUGAUCACAUGUCCCUGACAAACCUACAGUCAUUAAAUGUGCGAAAGUUAUUGCCAAAGAAAAGUUCUGGAAUUCUGAAGAUGAAUGGUAACCCAUUCGUUUGCUCAGAAUGUUAUAACUUAUCUUUCACAAAAUGGCUAGCUUCAACGCCUCUCAUUGAUCGUAAUGGAAAUAAUAUAUUCUGCAAAAAUCAUGAAGGCAUUAAUGUUCAUGCUGAUCAUACUGCUGUAGAGCAUCUACGAGAAGAGUGUGAUAAGCCGAAAUGGAUGCGAAAAGUAAUUCUUUUGUCAACUAUAAUACCCGUAUCAGUCAUCGCGUUAAUUUCUAUUUUUAUUUGCAUAUUGCUGAAAAAUCGGCGACGGAGAAUAAAAAGAAAGAACGUGGAAGAGAAGAUUGAACUUAUUCAACAAAAUCAACUGGAUACUAGAUUUGUAGUUUUUCUAUCAUAUAGUAGUGAAGACACUGAUUUUAUGAACAAAUAUGUAUACAACUCACUUGAGUUUCACUUACGUGAAAAAUUACAAACAGAUCGAGACGUAAUUUGUCUUGGUGACAGACAUUUUCAACUAGGCAAACCAGUUAAUGAUGAAAUGGUUAAAACACUUCAACAAUCAGCGGUUGUACUCUUACUUGUGACACGUAAUUUCAGUAACAGUGAAUUUUGUCGAAUGGAAUUUGAUCAUGCACUUUUCAUGAAGAAACCAUUUAUUUUAAUGGUAAAAGGUGAAAUAGAUGUAAAUGAAAUGGUACCUAGCAUGCAGGAAGUUUUUAAGAGAAAUACACGGUUACUUUGGGAAUGGGAUGGAGACAAUUUUGUGAUGAAAACUUCUUGGGAUAAUGUAGUUUCCUCAAUCUUAGAUCUCAUUUAG